CCUCUCUCGGCAGUAUGGCCGCAAACCUUUAGCUGCUGGCGUGUUCGCUUCUAAGUUUAAGCCAUUUCUCUUUCAAACAUGUCGGCCGUGCUUCUUCUGAAAAAGUCGCUGAGCCGACUGCCGCCCUGUGUCGCUCGGCAGGUUGUCGGCUGCUGCUAUCACACCGAGAAAGGUGUCCAUGGAUACCGGCCCAAACAGCAGAAGAGCCCGGCGAAGUGCCUGAGCGACCGCAUUGCUGCACUAAACCAAGAUCAUGGCCUUGCCCGUCUGGUGGAGGCAUACAGAGCACAUGGGCACAAGGGUGCUAAAAUUAACCCCCUACUGCCCCAAAAGCCUGUUGUGGACAGCGUCCCGGAGAUAGACAGGUUGGCGGAUACCAUCAGAGGACAACUCAACACCUCAGGUCUACGACAUUUUGGGAAAGCAGAGGCCUCAGUGGAAGAGGUUCAGGCCUACCUGGAAGAAGCCUACUGUGGCCACCUGUCAGUGGAGACCAGCCAGCUGAGCAGCAUGGAGGAGAGGGAGUGGUUCGCUGACCGCUUUGAGGAACUCAAAAAGAAGAGUUUCUCCACCGAGGAGAGAAAGCAGCUUGCCAAGAUCAUGCUUGAGUCUCAGGAAUUUGACCACUUUCUGGCCACCAAGUUUGCUACUGUGAAACGUUACGGGGGAGAAGGAGCAGAGAGCAUGAUGGGCUUCUUUUACGAGCUUUUCUACCAGUCAGCCCACAGCGGAGUCACUGACAUUGUCAUCGGUAUGCCGCACAGAGGCCGACUCAACCUCCUGACAGGCCUGCUCAAGUUCCCACCAGAGCUGAUGUUCCGUAAGAUGCGAGGCCUCAGCGAGUUUCCUGACGCCUCGCCUGCCAUCGGCGACGUCCUCUCCCACCUCACCUCGUCAGUGGAGUUGGAUUUCGGAGCUGGACACCCUCUUCAUGUGACCAUGCUGCCCAACCCGUCUCACCUCGAAGCGAUCAAUCCUGUGGCUCAGGGCAAAGCCAGAGCCAGACAGCAGCUCAGGAAGGAAGGAGACUAUUCACCCGAAGACGGCACCCAGCCGGGGGACCAAGUCAUCUGUCUGCAGGUCCACGGUGAUGGCUCUUUCACUGGCCAAGGGAUUGUCACAGAAACUCUGACACUUUCAAACCUACCUCACUACAGAGUUGGAGGCAGCAUCCACCUCAUUGUGAACAACCAAGUGGGUUACACCACUCCGUCCGAGAGAGGAAGAUCCUCUUUGUACUGUAGUGAUGUCGGUAAGAUGGUGAACUGUGCUGUGAUCCAUAUAAAUGGAGAUUAUGCGGAGGAUGUGCUGCGUGCCACUCGGCUGGCAGUGGAGUAUCAGCGACUUUUCAGGAAAGACGUCAUCCUGGACCUGAUCUGCUACCGUCAGUGGGGACACAACGAGCUGGACGAGCCUUUCUUCACCAAUCCUGCCAUGUACAAGAUCAUCCGAUCCCGAAAGAGCAUCCCUGAUUCCUACUCAGACCAGCUGAUCUCUGAGGGCCUGAUGACCGAAGUUGAGCGUGACGACAUCAAGUCCAAAUACUACGCCAUGCUCAACGACAAGCUGUCCAACAUGACCCUGUACAGCCCUCCACCCACCAACCUGCAGGGCCGCUGGGGGGAUCUGGUGGAACCCCAGGCCAGAAUCAGCACCUGGGACACGGGUGUCCCCAUUCCCCUGCUGCAGUUUGUAGGAGCAAAAUCUGUGGACAUCCCUGAGCACAUCCAGCUGCACAGCCAUCUUGGAAAGACCCACGUGCAGGCUCGGUUGCACAAGUUGGAAGAGGGGACCAAACUGGACUGGUCCACAGCAGAAGCUUUGGCUUUCGGCUCUCUCCUCUCCCAAGGCUUUAAUAUUCGAAUCAGCGGUCAGGAUGUUGGAAGAGGCACGUUCAGUCAGCGACACGCCAUGGUGGUGUGUCAGGAGACUAAUGACAUGCACAUCCCUCUAAACCACAUCAGCCCCCAGCAGACAGGUUUCCUGGAGGUAUGUAACAGCCCGCUGUCGGAGGAGGCGGUGCUCGGAUUUGAAUAUGGUAUGAGCAUCGCACAGCCGAAGCUCCUUCCCAUCUGGGAGGCUCAGUUUGGAGAUUUCUUCAACGGAGCACAGAUCAUCUUUGAUACCUUCCUCUCCGGAGGCGAAGCCAAAUGGCUGCUACAGAACGGGAUGGUGAUCCUGCUGCCUCACGGCUACGAUGGAGCUGGACCUGAACACUCGUCCUGCCAUAUGGAGCGCUUCCUCCAGAUGUGUGACAGUAAAGAGGAGGGUGUGGACGGCGACGAUGUGAACAUGGCUGUGGUCAACCCCACCACUCCUGCUCAGUACUUCCACCUGCUGAGGAGACAGAUGAUCCGUAGCUUCCGCAAACCUCUCAUUGUGGUUGGACCCAAGACGCUGCUCCGAUUUUCUGGAGCAGUUUCCAGUCUGGCUGAAUUGGCACCAGGAACAUCUUUCAGACCCGUGUUAGGUGAUACGUCAGUCUCUGCAGAAAGUGUCCAGAAGGUGGUACUGUGCUCAGGGAAGCACUACUAUGCUCUGCUGAAACAGAGGGAGACAUCAGCAGCCACCCAGAAUACAGCACUCAUCCGCAUGGAGGAGCUGUGUCCAUUCCCACUGGAGGCUCUGCAGCAGGAGCUCAAAAAAUACCCCAAUGCCAAAGAGUUUAUAUGGAGUCAGGAAGAGCCUCAAAACAUGGGCCCCUGGUCUUUUGUAGCUCCCAGGUUUGAGAAGCAGUUGGCCCGCAAGCUCCGGUUGGUGAGCCGACCUGCUCUUCCUGCUCCUGCUGUCGGUAUCGGUACCCUCCAUCAGCAGCAACAAGAGGCCAUCCUCACCACUACCUUCUCCUAAGACUCAACGAGACUGGGAAGCAAAAUAGCCAAGACACAACAAGCAUCAGUAAUACACUACAUAUUGUAUCUGCAGUAGUCUUCUCACCAUUGCUGCUAAAUGUGCAUGGCUGCUGCACAGCAGAUACACGUUACCUGAGAGACAAUGUGGAUCGUGCGGAUUAAAAAUAAUAUUAAAAAUGAAAGGUUGUUAAGUAGAAUAAUGUUCAUACUUUGAUCUGAACCCACCAGUCAAAUAUGUUCAUGGUUUUGCAGCCAAAGCCUGAAAUCUUGAAAUUUAUUUCCCCCUGUCUCAUUUACUAGGCCUGUAUUCUUUAUGUGUGAAGUUAAGAGGUACUGUGGUAAGACAAAAAAGAGCUGCUCAUCAAUGCCUUAGGAACAAUGUUUACAUUGUGAUUGUAGUAAAGAAGCACUUUUGGCUGAACAUCAUAUUUGUAGCACUGGGGACUCAAUAUCUCCUUGUGUCAAACCUGCACAGGCUGAAUGAACUGUGGAAUCGUCUCAUGCAUUCAGUCUGCAUGAGUUGUUCAUUCUUUGCAUUUCUUCACAACAAAUAUCAUUAUAAGUUCUUAGACGUCCCUGAGCAUUAUCUUUUAAAUAUUUGUGUAAGAUUGAGAGUCCUUUAACUGGAACAUAGAGAGUUUUUAUCAUUUUGACUGUUAAAUGUUUUGUUCAGCCUUGAUGUUUUUAGAUGUUUCAGAGUACAAAUUUGGGUUAUCGUUAUCAUUAUUUAAUCACAGUUUGACUUGAAUUUUAAAAAAAGAAAAAGGUUUUGAAGGGCUAAUGUACAUAAACCAAAUUAGAAUAUUCAAAUGGAAAUAUUUUCAAAUAAAUCUUUUUUCAGAUGUA